GUCGGAUGCUUCCAUGGGCCGAUGCCGGAAGGAGAUUCGCAGAGACGUGACUAGCCGAGGCCUUUAUGCCAUAACGGAGGUGGUGCCUUUCCCAGUCAGUGGCCUAAGGACGAUUGUUGCCUUCACUUCGACGGUUGGGAUGGUCUGCAACAUGCUGCCUGAGGCGAUUGCAGAGCAAGAGAGACUAGGUUCUGGUGCCCUGGCUCUUCUUCGUCGCAUCCUUUGGGCUUAUGCUGGCGCCUGGUUGACUGCGGGCAUCCCCGUCCUUUAUCUCGUCUUCACGGUGCCCAAGUUUGAGAAGGACGGUGGUCUGGCACGAACACUCGGCGUCGCGAUCCGUCUGCUCAUCUGCUGCCUAGUGGGCUUGGUCGGCCGGUGCUACAUUGAGAUGGGCGAGAGGUCGGCCUUCCUACGGGUGCGCAAAGUGGAGGAGGACUUGACCCAAGAGAAGGUUCUUCGUUUUGCUGCCGAGCACGAGAAUGCGAGCCUUGCCUUGCUUGUCAGAACUUCUAGCUUUCCGGCACGCAUGCGGCAUGCUGGUCAUAGCGAUGUCGAGCAUGCCAUACUUGUAGCGACAGAGGCUGCGGUCAUUGCAUUUGCACGCACAGCCGUUGCUGCCGAAGAGAAAUGGCUCAUCCCCUGGUCCGACGUGACGUUCCAGUCCAACCUUCUUGGAAAGGGCGGCUACGCCAUGGUUGUGCAAGGCCAAUAUGCAGGUGCGCGUGUGGCGGUAAAGAUGCCCUCCAAGGAGCAGCUUUCCACGUCCAAAGAGGUUUCGGACUUCUUUGGCAAGGAGUUGCGGGUGCUUCGCCACCUGCGCCAUCCGUUCAUUGUGAACUUCUACGGCGCUUGUAUAGAGGACACCAAGCAGCUGGUGGUUCUCAUUGAGGAGUACAUUGACGGAUCAAGCCUACACGACAUGAUCCUCUUCCAGAAGGACAAGCGGUUUACAGAGCAGGUCAGGUGGCAGACUCUCAGCUCUGUCGGUCAUGCCCUGAUGUACUUGCACGAUCAGGGGCCAGCCAUCCUGCAUGGCGACCUGUCAGCCAAGAACAUCAUGAUGCGGGCCGACAGUUUGGAGCCGGUGCUCAUCGACUUCGGGAUGGCGGUGCUGCACAAGUCACGGCAGAAACUCCAGGGAGGCUCUCCACGGUGGAUGGCGCCGGAGCUGAUCAGCUCUCUGAGCCAGGGAGGCCUCGCACCAGACUGUAGCGUGGACGUCUUCGCCUUCGGCCGCGUGUGCUUCUUCGUCGCCACCGGACAGUUGCCGCUGCAAGAAUACACAGUGGACGAGCUGAAGCCUGGCUGCAUCAGAGCAGUUCACGGGCACAGACCACAGGGCUUGAACCCACAUCCUCAUAUCCUCAGACUGUCUCAGACUUUCUCAAGUCCUAAGGGAUGA